CUAAUUACUUGUAACACUUAAAUACUUAAUUAGCAUCCAUCCAUCCAAUUAAUUAAGGUAUCACAAUUACUUGUACAAGUUAACAUUAUAGAUUUUUACAAAACCAUGAAGAAUUGUUAUGCUCCCAAAAAAAAAAAGAAAAGUGAUUUAAAACCUAUUAUAAUCCAACAUCACAUAAUGUAACCUGCUGUUAAAGAAAUCAAGUUGUUUUAUCUUAAUGGCCUCACUUUCAGCAGUAAAAUUUGGACCAACAAAUGCCAGAAUCCAAUGGCUCACAAUCUCAUCAUCUUCCCUAAUCCAACCCCAAAAACCAGGUUUCAAUAACCUUAAUCAAAUGACCCAAAAGAUUUGGGAUACUAUUACCAAAACAUUUGGGGUACCCUUUUUUAGUUUUUCUCUCUAAAAGAGGAAAGUAAACUUUCUCUCUCUUCCCCACAAAACUAUCUUUCUAGAGAGAGAAAAAGGCAAGCACUACUCUACUACAGAGACUGCUACUACUGAUAAUAACACUUUCUCUCUCUUACCCGCCAAUUAUUAUGACUAGAAUUUUUUAGGGUUCAUAGAUUUGUAGCAAAAUUUUUGGUUUCUGGGUUGAUUGUGAAAUCAAGAAAUCAAUUUGGGUUUUUUUUUGGGUAAAACCCUAAAAAUAAAGAACUUCCCUUUUUACCUUAUAUAGAUAUUAUAUUAAAAUUAAAAGGAAAAGUUUGCAUUGACAGAGGAAUCUUCUGGAAUCAGCCGUUAACAAAUCAUCAUUCACAUUUACUCUUCCCUUUUUCUGGGUUUGUUGCCUUUUCUCAUUUGAGGCUUUGUCUUAUGGCUCGGAUAAGUCAUUGGACCGUCGAAUUUAUAUCUUGAGGGGGUGUCUUCGAGGAUCUCGAUGUUGCCUAAUGGUUAGUGGCACUAUGGACUGUAGAAGGACGGUGGAUCUUCUCAAGGCAGGUACUUUAUGCCAGAGGUUCUUGCUAUUUACUAUCUGGUUUUCCACAUUCGAAGAUGUGGUGUUUUUGAAAGUGCUAGCUGAACAGUAUCAUCUUCCUUCUCAUCAUAAGCUUGAUAAGUUGCCGACCACAGGGGCUUUUCAACCAAUUCAGAUAUCACCAUCUGUCAUUCCUCACGAUCCAAUUCCCGAUGAAUCUAAUUCUCCAAUGUAUCCUAGAUUUCCAAUGAUAUACACGCCUGUAUUGACAGGGAAAUGUCCUGUAAACUUCUCUGCCAUAUCAGACGUCAUUGAGAGAACUGCUCUUGAUUGUUCUCAACCGUUAGCAUCCUAUGUUGGAAAUGUUAUAUGCUGUCCCCAAUUUAGUAGUCUGCUCCGUAUUUUCCAGGGUUACCACAGCACAAUUUCCGAUAAGUUGGUUUUUCAAGAUGCUACUGCUGAUGAUUGUUUCUCAGACAUUAUUAGCAUUCUUGCUAGCAAAGGGGCAAAUAGCUCCAUUUCACGGCUUUGUUCUGUUAAACCAUCAAAUAUUACGGGGGGAUCCUGUCCUGUGAAAGAUGUAAAUUCAUUUGAAAAAAUUGUGAACACAAGUCUGUUGUUAGAUUCCUGCAGCACUGUUGACCUUCUAAAGGAGUGCUGUAGACCUGUUUGCCAACCCGCGAUUACAGAUUCUGCACUUCAGCUCUCAGGACAACUAGCAGCCAGUGAUGGAAAAAAUGCGGCAGGUGGAGCUAUAAAUAUUGACACACUUAAUGAUUGUAGAGGAGUUGUCUUUUCAUGGCUUUCAAGGAAACUCUCAGCAGAUGCUGCAAAUACUGCUUUCAGGAUAGUUUCUAGUUGUAAAGUCAAUAAAGUUUGUCCGUUGCAGUUCAGACAUCCGUUAGAAGUAGUUGAGCAAUGCCGUAACACAGCUGCUCCUGGUCCUUCCUGUUGCAGCUCAUUAAAUAGCUAUAUUAAUGGGGUUCAGAAGCAAAUGUUGAUUACAAAUAAGCAAGCAAUCAUUUGUUCAACUAUGUUUGCAUCAAUGUUACAGAAGGCCGGAGUUAUGGCAAAUGUUUAUGAACUUUGUGAUGUGUACUUGAAAGAUUUUUCAAUCCAAGUAACAGCAUAUGGACAGCAAGGUUGUCUACUUCGAAGUCAGCCAGCAGAUAUUGUGUAUGACAAUGUAACAGGCUAUAGUUUCACUUGUGACUUAAAUGACAAUAUCGGAGCUCCCUGGCCUUCAUCGUCUUCUAUGUCGUCCUAUUCCCUGUGUGCUCCAGAAAUGUCAUUACCAGCUCUUCCAAAGUCAAAGCAUUCAGGAAGUCACGGUUAUCAUCGUGGUGGAUGGGAGCUCAGUAUACCCAUUUUUCUAGUUUUUGUAAUCAGUGUAAUUUUGUACUGAGUAUAUUUUGUUGCGAGAGGGAGGAAUGUAGGCGAGUUGUAUCUGGUCGAGAAGGGCAUAUGGGGAGUGUAGUUUGUUGCUAGGAUUUGAUGUAUAUUGUUAGAUAAUACUUUUUCAUGUAUAGUAGCUGCUGUUUUUUCCACGAAUUUUCUAUUAUUUCUUUUUCUUUCCUUAAUACAGCUGGGUUUGACUUA